CUGCAGUCGAAGCAAUAGCAUUUAAAAUUCCUACGCCGGUUGUACCCAAAAAAGUGAAGAAGCAAAUAAUUGUUGAGAUGGAUGAAGCCCUUCCGGAAGGUUUUAAGGAAACAACAGUCCUCGUGGAGGAUGUUCCUGGACGAGCUGAAGAUUCAGAGGUGGUUAUAGCGGCUGGAAAUGUCCCUAACAACCCCUUGGAGAAGGUUGAUGCUUCCAAAUUAGAGCUCUUAACCAAUGUCCUCCGCGGUCCGAAUGUGAAGCACACUCUUUUCGGGUAUCGCAAAGUGGACAACGAGUUUUUCUCCAUGCUUAUAGCACAAGGACAGUGGGUGGAUAAUAUGGUCUUGGAAAUGCUCGCAAUCUUGAUGUGGCACAAGAACGGUCAACAAAUGAUAGCAAACCGAUGCGUUGUUUUGGACUCCUUCCUGCUUUAUGAGCUUACUAAGCGUGCUGUCAGCUUCAGGAAUUGUAUAAAUAAGCUUGGGUUCAAAUGGGGCGACCGGCUAUACGACAUGGCCAAUGGAAUACACAUACACCGUGAACCUAGUCUUAGGUGGUUCAAGGAUGUCGACGUGGUAUAUGCUCCGAUGAACUGGAAAGGUGAUCAUUGGGUUGGGUUGGCAAUCCACCUCAGAGCCCGGAAUAUAGUUGUCUAUGACGCUCUCAUAGAACACACGCGGGAGUCUGUUGCAUGGUCAAAGAUGCAGCCUAUCUGCGAGAUGAUGCCGUACCUAGUGAGAGCGAUGUGCGCGGAUGUAUUGCCUGAGAAGUACUCAGUUGAACCUUUUGCCUAUGAGAGAAAUGUUAUGGUUGCUCAAAACCCAAGUACAGGAGAUUGCGGACCUUACGCAAUGAAGUUCUUGGAGUUGCUGGCGUUUGGUAACCCAAUGUCAGACUUGGUGAAUAUUCAAGAAGCAGAUAUGGCCGACUACCGUCAGGUGUACGCAACAGAAAUCUACGAGCACGGCAAGCGCGAGUGUGGUAAUCGGCGUUUAUUGUAAUCAUCCCUGGA